AUGGUCUUCUUUAUCAACACUCUCGCUCCCCUCCUCCUAGCAGGCACCGCACUAGCCAGCCCAACCUCCAUCCCCGCCGCACGACGCUUCCGCGGUGGCGGCUCAACAUCCUACAAAAACUUCACAGCGCCAGCCGACGAAGCCUCCGCCGCAACCUUAGGCACAUACACAUUCACCAACUGGGCCGGCGCCUUCCUUGACACAACCGACGUAACCGGCGUAACAGGUACAUUCGUCGUGCCUACACCCUCCGCACCCGCCGGCGGCGACGCAAGCACCAGCUACUGCGGUUGUGCCUGGGUUGGAUUGGAUGGAAUUUCAAACUUCUGUCCUAACGGCGCCUUGAUGCAGGCCGGCGUAAACUGGUGUGUAGAGAAUGGCGUGCCGAGUUUCGUGGCCUGGUAUGAAUGGUGGCCUGCCGAAGCGCAGCAGUAUUGGGAUAAUAUCAGUGUUUCAGCUGGAGACUCGAUUACGGUCACUGUCUCUGCUGCGAGUACGACGGGUGGCACGACCACGUUAACAAACAACUCAAAUGGGCAGAGUGUCAGUUUUACGUGGACAGGUGAAAGCCCUGCGCUCUGUGAGGUGAAUGCGGAGUGGAUUGUGGAGGAUUACUCUGUUGGAAAUAAUCUGGUUGCUUUUGCAGAUUAUGGCUCUGUGACUUUCACGGGGAACAGUGCUGUUGUUGGGGGUGUUAGUACCUCAGAUUUGAGCAAUUCUUAUAUUGCAAAUAUGGUCUCUGAGUCGGAUAGUUCUGAUGUUAUCAGUGCUAGUACUGUGAGUGGUAACGAUAUCACUGUUGUUUACCAGUGA